ACAGCUUGAAACUAACAUCACCUGAGUCAUUGAAAGGUGUUUAUGAAUGUGCGAUUGCUAAUUUCGGAGUUCCUCAAUAUGGAGGAACUUUAGUUGGUACUGUGGUUUAUCCAAAAGCUAAUCAAAAGGCAUGCAAAGGGUUUGAUGAGGUUGGUAAUAUCUCUUUCAAAUCUAGGCCUGGAGGGGUUACCUACUUUUGUCCUUGCUGAUCGUGGAGAUUGUUACUUUACCUUGAAGGCAUGGAAUGCACAGAACGGUGGAGCAGCAGCUAUUCUUGUAGCAGAUGACAAGGUUGAACCACUGAUUACCAUGGACAACCCUGAAGAAGAUGAUGCCGGUGCUGCAUAUCUGCAGAACAUCACUAUCCCCUCAGCACUUAUUAGCAAGUCCUUGGGGGACAGUAUCAAGAAAGCUCUAUCUAAUGGAGAGAUGGUUAACAUGAAUCUUGAUUGGACAGAGUCUCUUCCACAUCCUGAUGAACGGGUUGAGUACGAGUUCUGGACAAAUAGCAAUGAUGAGUGCGGGCCAAAAUGUGACAGUCAGAUUGAGUUUGUCAAGAACUUCAAAGGUGCAGCUCAGAUAUUCAAGAUCUGAUCAGCUACACCUCUCAGGAUUACUCUCGUGAAGAAUUGGUGUUUACAAUUUCAAUUACUCUCGUGAUUGAUGUUUACAUUAAUGAUGUCGUAACUAUUUCAUGUUUUAAUAAACUUCGAAUCCCAAGAGAUAAUCUUAUUGGUAAAAUAAAAGUUUAUUUUCCCUUUUAA